AUGGACGCUUUUGGGUGGGAGAACUCUCUGGCUGUCGAGAGCGAGACGAGCAUCCCUCCUUGCAUGUGGAUCAACCAGGCGAAUGAAAACGGCAAGAAUUCUCUCCAUUCGUACUCUAAUUACGGCGAUCUUGAUCUCGCCGAAGCUUUGUUCAGAGUAGAGCUACCUGGGUUCAGACCCAUCGAGCCCAGAAAGAUGAGUCGACCAGGUGAGAUGGAGGGACUCCCUCCGUCUCCAUCCCUGGACUUCGCAGAAACGAGGCAGUUGCAAGAAACCAUGUGGUUGGCCGCCUUUCUCGGGGCUUCUUCUGCAACGAUCGGCAAUCCUCCUCCUCUUGGAGAACAACUCCGCAUCAACGUCGGAGAGGAAGAAGACAUGUCGGCGAUACUGUCCAGCUGUGAGAUCUUUCCCUACUCGAGCUCAAGCGGCAGCGCUUCCUCGGGUGAAUCAGAUAACUGUGGUUCUCGCAGGAGCGGUGAGCUGUUCUCACGGGGCUCUUCCAGCCCAGAUGCUCCCCUUCUCGGGGUUUCCCAAAAUAGACCUAAUCUGAAGAGGAAACAGCGAGACAGUGGAUUCGCUGUUGGAACUCCAUUGAGAAACGAGACCGGCUUCAGAAUCAACUUCGAGACGCAACCGAAAAGGACGAAACACAGGAUGGAGGGGUCCGGGAUUGACUUCCGGCUCUACAACGGCUAUGAGCCCGACACGGAGGCCAUUGCCCAGGUCAAGGAGAUGAUCUACAGGGCUGCAGCGAUGAGGCCGGUCAACCCCGGAACUGUGGAGGCCGUGGAGAAGCCCAAGAGGAAGAACGUAAGGAUUUCGAGCGAUCCGCAGACCGUCGCAGCGAGACAAAGGAGGGAGAGGAUCAGCGAGAGACUCAGGGUGCUGCAGAGUCUGGUCCCCGGCGGCAGUAAGAUGGACACCGCCUCCAUGCUCGACGAGGCCGCCAACUAUCUCAAGUUCCUCAAGUCACAAGUCAACGCCUUGGAAACCGUUGGCCAGGGGUUUGGCUCCGCGGCCGGCAGCAUCCUCUCUUCCUCCCUUCCACUUUCUUCGCCAUUCGACCACUCUUUUCCCCUGCAGACCCUUGUACCCCAGAUGCAGAUGGGAGCUCCUGAUCUCCCCCAGUUUUGA